AUGAGGUUGAAUGAAAAUAUUGCUCUAACAGCCAUCUCGACCAGCAAGGUCUUGCUCGUGCCGUACGACGCGCACCAUGUACAGCAGUACCACAGGUGGAUGGAAGAUCCAUCCAUCCGCGAAGCCACCGCCUCGGAACGCCUCUCGCUAGACGAGGAGUACGAGAACCAAGCGUCGUGGCGCGAGUCCCGGGAUAAACUCACGUUUAUCGUGUGUGCACCACUACUACGCGACGAUGAUGUCUCGAGUACGGAUGAAAUUGGGGAGGUCGUGAUGGCGGGAGUAGGAGAUGCGGUGGAUAGGAUGGUGGGGGAUGUUAAUUUGUUCUUGAGCGUCUGGGAUGGCGAUGAGGAGGGACAAGAGCAGGGACACAAGGAAGCGAAGACGUACUACACGGCGGAAAUCGACAUAAUGAUCGCGGACCCCAAGUUCCGGCGCAUGGGUCUUGGCCGCGCGGCCGUCGCUACGUUCUUGUACUUUGUGCGACGGCGUUUAGACGGCAUCCUAGCUGAGUACACGGGCUCUCUCGACAGCAAGCCUGUGCUGAAAGAUGUCGUGGCCAAGAUCAACGCGGAUAACAAAGCUAGCAUCGUGCUGUUCCAAGCCCUUGGGUUUAAGCAGAGAGGCGAGGCGAACUAUUUCGGCGAGAUAGAGAUGGUGUUUGAUGGGUUUGGGGAGACGGACGAGUGGAGAAAGACUGGCUCUUCUGUGAUGGGGGAUACGUAUAGGGAGUUGUUUUAUGAUAGGUCGCAGUUGGGGGAGUAG